AUGUUUGCUGCCAGAAGACAAUUGUCCACCUUGAUCCCCCCAAAGAUCGCUUCGGCCAAGAACAUUGGCUCCAACCCCAACGCCAAGAGAAUGGCCGAGGUUGUGUCUUUCUACAAGAAGUUGCCAACUGGCCCAGCCCCUGCUGCCAAGAAAAGCUUCACCCCAUGGGGCAAGUACAAGGCUGCCUUCAUUGAUGGCGACAACGCCUCUGGUAAGCCAUUGCUCCACCUUGCUUUCCUCGUCAUUGUGGUUGGCUACACCUGGGAGUACCAGGCUCACUUGAAGCACCACAAGGACCACUAA